GUGGUGCUUAUUUUCAACAUGGCUGCGCCCAUAGAGGUUCUACUUACUAGCGAUGCAUCAGGUCAGCUGUGGAAUGCAUGUGUAUGGGACUUGGAGACAGGAAGCAGUCUCACCACAUACAAAGGUGGAAGCACCAGUCCCCGAACACUUGCCACCCUGGGACAGGACUACCUGAUCGGUGCCAACCCAACUAAGCCUUUGUUGAAUGUAUGGAGUCUACAAAAAAGGAACCAGUCUCAGAUGCGGAUGGUGUGUCCAGGUAGAGUGACCUCCCUUGACGUGUCACCUGAUGGGAGUUAUUGUGUGGCAGGAAUUGCUGACAAGAUACAUGUCUGGCAGGUGUGUAAUGGGAAUCUAUUAGCAGUUGUCAGUCGGCACUAUCAGAACAUUAACUGUAUCAAGUUCACAGACGAUGGCAGCCAUUUUGUUUCUGGAGGAGAAGACAAUCUUGUGAUAGCAUGGUCUCUUGUCAGGUUAGUGUCCAUCUCACAGUAUUCACAGAGCCGUCCAGAACCAAGACAUGUCUGGUCAGGGCACUCACUUCCUGUCACAGACCUCCAUGUUGGGUGUGGAGGAAGUAGAGCAAGAGUUAUCUCCUCUUCCAGAGACAAUACAUGCAAGUUGUGGGACUUGAGCUCAGGGGAGCUGCUGUGUACGCUGGUGUUUGACUCGUGUAUCACGUCUGUUGCCAUGGACAACAUGGAGUUGCGGGUGUUUGCCGGAGACAGUAAUGGCAACAUACAUGCCGUGGCAAUGUUUACACAGCCUGUGAAAACAGAACGACACAUAACAACCAAUACUACUAGCCAUGAGGGUGUCACCAUGUUCAAAGGCCAUCAAAAACAAGUUACAUGUUUAUCUGUAUCCAUGGAUGGAACAAGGCUAGUGUCUGGGUCACAUGACGCAUCUGUGAGGAUCUGGGAUGUAUUCAGCGGUCAGUGUGUCCGAACAUUAGCUCAUAAAGAUGUGAUCACGAACGUGUUCCUGAAACAAACCCCCCGGGGUGUGGCGUUGCCCGACAGCAGACCUCAGCUUCCUCUUCAACACUUCAAGCGCCAACUGGUGUCCACACAAGCUGAUGAUACAAUUUCUGACAAGUCACAAGUGUUUGAUGUCUGGCUUCAUGAAACACAUCAGUUGAAUCAGUACAUGGCUCAUCCUGCAUCUAAUGAAAUGAUGAAAAGUUCCAGUCAUGAUGACCACACCCAAGCCAAGCUGGAGGAGGAGGUGGUUCGACUCCAGGGCGACCUGGACCGACUGCAGGGUGCUAACCAGGACCUGUACCAGUAUGCUGUACAUAACAUACUCACUACUAAAUAAACUGUAUACCCUACAA